AUGGCUCAACAAAAUCACACCAACCUUCUACAGCAGCCAAACCCUGCCCAACUGCCCAAUCCAAAUAAUCCUCUCAACAAUUUGGCCACCCAGAUCGGUUUACUAAUUCAACAAAUGCAAGCCACACCUGCCGCUCAAAUCAAUGUUCUUCAUCAGGAGUUAAACCUUGUUUCCUACCCUGACUUCGCCAGAAGCGACCAAGAUCUAAUGCCCUGGCUUGAUGAGGUAGAAAAGGCUUUCGCAGCUAAUCUAAUUAAUGAUAAUCGAAAGAUUGCUGUUGUCGUCCCUCACCUCAAAGGGUCUGCCGCAACCUGGUGGGCUACUAUCCAAAGGCUUCCCAAUCCUGUUAAUGCUUGGAACAACAGUGCUAAUCCCACCUAG